AUGGCCUCCAGCCUGACCUGCACGGGCGUGGUAUGGGCCCUGCUGUCCCUGCUCUGCGCCGCGGCCUCCUGCGUGGGCUUUUUCAUGCCCUACUGGCUCCUGGGAACACAAAUGGACAAGCCGGUCUCCUUUGGGACGUUCCGCCGCUGCUCUUACCCCGUGCGCGACGAGGAGAGGCAGGCCACGGUGAUGCUGGAGCAGUGCGGCAGGUACGCCACCUUCGACGGCAUCCCCAGCCUGGAGUGGAGGAUUUGUACGGUGGUGACGGGCGUGGGCUGCGGGCUGCUGCUGCUGGUGGCCCUCACGGCGCUCAUGGGCUGCUGCAUCUCGGAGCUGAUCUCGCGCACCAUCGGACGUGUGGCCGGAGGGAUCCAGUUUGUGGGAGGUGAGUGA